UUCUCAUUCUGACAGCAGAAUGGAAUAAACCAUUUUGAUCAAAAGGGAUAUAUAUAUUGUGUUUUAAAUUAUAUUUAAAAUAUGUUAGAAUAUUGUUUACUGAACUGUUCCAGCAGAAAAAAACAAUCGAUUACUUUAUAUAAUUGUAACUGUAGUGAUAAAAUUCAUUGUUAUUGCUCAAGUAUUAUCCUAGCAAAACAUGACAAUUUUGUUGUCCCCUAUUUUCUCGUUUUAGUAGUAGCUAUGAAGCCAGCUGGAGGAAGAGCUCGAGGGCUCUGAGUCAUCUGUCGAAAUGCAUGUGUUGCUUCUGAAAGAACCAAGAGAGGGAGGCUCUGGACCAGAUCCUUACAUCAAGGAGCUGGCAUCCCGUGGACACAAAGCAACCUUAAUUCCCGUGUUGUCGUUUACAUUCGUUUCCUUGAACACUUUGUCAGACAAGCUGUUGUCUCUACUACUACAGCUGUUGUCUCUACUACUACAGCUGUUCCAGCCAGAACAACAUGGCGGGCUGAUUUUUACCAGCCCGAGGGCGGUGGAGGCAGUCAAAAUGUGUCUUGAAGAUGAUGAAAGAACGGAACAGUGGAACAUGGACAUAAAAGACAAAUGGAAUGCCAAGUCCAUCUAUGUUGUUGGGAAGGCUACGGCAGCGCUAGUGGAAAACCUAGGUCUGGUCCCCCUGGGAGAGGACACUGGGACUGCAGACGUUCUCUCGCGCCUCAUCCUUGAACGAGAGGGUGCCAAUAUAUUACCACUUCUCUUCCCCUGUGGUUCCAUUAAAAGAGAAGUUUUACCUACUGCUUUGAGGGAAAACGGAGUUCCUCUAGACACACUGAUGGUUUAUCAGACAGCUCCACAUCCAGACCUGGAGAAGAACCUGAAGAACCAUUUUACAGAGCAGGGUGUUCCAGACAGCAUUGCUUUCUUCAGCCCGUCGGGAGUCAGGUUCUGUUUGGAAACGGUGAGGAGACUGUCAGGUGAGCAACUUAUGCAGAUAAAGUUUGCGGCCAUAGGACCCACCACAGCAGAGGCCAUGACGGCAGAGGGGCUCUCGGUCAGCUGCUCAGCGGACAAACCUACAGCUGAGCACCUAGCCGCAGGGAUAGCAAAGGCUCUACAGUGACAGACUUGACGAGACGGGCCGCAAACCAACCCGAAAAACGUGAUUCGUCCCCCCAUCAAGUUCUCAUUCAGCCUCUGUGGGAAAGGAUUGUGGUUUUGCAUUCUUUGUGAUUGAUUUAUCCCUGUGAAGUAUUUGCUAUUAUUUGUGGGGUUUUAUGUCCUAUUUUGAUCGCGGAUAACCAUCUGUAUAUUUAUUAUAUUGUCGUGUGUUGUUGUGCACCACAGAGAUAUUGUAAUGCUUUCUGCCAAUUUGUUGACACUGAAUGUAUCAAAUCAUGCUCUUAUAAACUUGUGAAUACACAGAGCUGAUAGAAGUAUUGUUUUUACGGUAAAAACAUUGAGACAAUUAUUUUAUUGUGCCACACUAGGCAGGUAGCCUAGUGGUUAGUGUCGAAUCCCCGAGCUGACAAGGUAAAAAUCUGUCCUUCUGCCCCUGAACAAGGCAGUUAACUCCACUGUUCCCAGGUAGGCCCUCAUUGUAUAUAAUCAUUUCUUCUGACUUGCCUAGUUAAAUAAAGGUUAAAUAAAUAAAUAUAAAAAUA